AUGUUCCGAAUAGUUAGUUCGUGCGAGAAGGGAGAUUGACGAUCAUGUGUGGUAUUUGCUGCAUAUUUUGUCAGGCAGAACAUGAAAUUAAUAUUGAUCAUAUCAGGAGGAAGUCUGCCUUACAAAACCGCGGUCCAGACUUGAGUGAUCACCAUGUUACAAGUAUUUCCCAUGAUAACUUUCUGCAUUUGUUUGGAUUUGUUUUGCAUCUCCGUGGAACUGGAACAAAGCAACCUGUUGGAAAUGAAAACAAGGGACAUUUACUGUGGAAUGGAGAAAUAUUUGGAGGUUUUGAGAUUGAUGAUGAUAAAAACGACACUCAUGUUUUGUUUGAGCAGCUGAUACAAUGUCUUGAACCGAGUCAUAUCAUUUCUACUUUGGCUAAAGUUCAAGGCCCAUGGACAUUCAUAUUUUGGCAGCCCAAGAGUCGUCAACUGUGGUUUGGACGUGACGUCUUUGGAAGGAGAAGUCUACUGUGGCAUUUACCACAAGAUAACUCUGAUGUUUUCUGUUUAUCCUCCAUCCAAGUAAAACCAUGGGAAUUUUCAGAAGUUCCAGCCAUUGGACUCUUCUGUUUGCAGUUUCCUCCAGUAGAGUCAAGCAUGUUAACUGGUACACCUGAGUGUAUGACUCUAUAUCCAUGGCCUGGUGCUGUAUGGCCGGGUACAUCUGCACUAAUCUCUUUGACAAGUGUAGAUGAUCUCAUACGAUGUUUGUAUUCAAAUUCUACAUACAUCAAGAUAUAUAUGGAUACAAGUGUCAAAAUCUCAACUUGGAUGCCAAAACUUAACACAGAAUUGCCACCUUGUGAUUGGUCGCUUCCCUCAUGUGAUCCUAACAUAACAAACAGUGAAGAAUCAAUGACAGAAUAUUUGCAAAAUUUGAUUGAAAAAUAUGAUGUUCUUGCAAAAGCUGCAAAUCAACUAUUAAAUUUACUCCAGUCUGCUGUAAAAAUACGCAGUUUUAAUUUACCAAGAAGAAGAAACCAUUACAGGGUACACCAGGCCAACAUUGAACAUUGCAACACAGAUUCAGAAUUAGCUGAUAGACUUGCAGAUGUUUUUGCUAUAGAUGGUAUAAAAGAUUGUAAAACAGACAAUGAUUGCAACUCUGCUCAAGGAUUGAUAAACACUGAAGACUGUGAGAAUUGUCGAUCUGUAUCAAACAUGGAUCAUCUGGAAGGGAUGCUACAGUCCAAUGUAGCAAUUUUAUUUUCUGGAGGGAUCGAUUCCACAAUCAUUGCAGCAUUAGCAGACAGAGUAAUUCCACCAGAUGAAUCCAUUGACCUGUUGAACGUAGCCUUUGAGCAGCAGACAAAGAACGGACCCAGCAAAAAGAAAGACAAGAAACUUCAACAUGUUGAGAGAAAUGAUGAGCUGAGGGAGAAAAACUUUGAUGUUCCAGAUCGACUUACGGGCUACAGGGCUCUUUCAGAACUGAAUCCAAAGAGGAAGUGGAAUUUUAUUGAGGUCAAUGUAACUCAUUCUGAGCUGCAAGAGUUCAGGGGUCAGCGAGUAAGCAGUUUGAUUUAUCCACUCAAUUCUGUUCUCGAUGACAGCAUUGGCUGUGCUGUGUGGUUUGCGGCCAGGGGUGAGGGUAUUCUGGGAAAUGGGCCGAACAAAGGAAAGACUUUCAAAAGUAAUGCCAAGGUCAUUCUGUGUGGAAUGGGUGCGGAUGAGCAGCUAGCGGGUUAUUCAAGACACAGGUCAACAUUCAGAGAGAAAGGAUGGCCUGGUAUCAUAAAAGAAACAGACCUUGAAAUUACAAGAAUAUCAGCCAGAAAUCUUGGCCGUGAUGACAGAAUUAUUGCAGAUCAUGGGAAAGAAUCUCGUAUCCCAUUUUUGGAUGAGCAUGUUGUCAGUUAUCUUGGAUCUCUUCCUAUGCACCUCAAGGCCGAUCUACGUUUGCCUCGUGGUCUAGGAGAGAAGCUCGUGUUACGACUGGCUGCAUACGAACUGGGUUUGUAUUCUACUGCUGUUCUUCCCAAACGAGCAAUACAGUUUGGAUCAAGGAUUGCCAAGAUGGAAAACAGCAAGGAAAAAGCAUCAGACAUUUGUACCAGACUUACUGAUCAUUAAUGCUAUUAACCAUAUAAAAAUAUUAUAAAUAUUUUGUCAGUGUUGUGAUAAACAUCUGAAUAAA